GCCCCGCUCCGCCAUCAUCAAGUACUGAACAAAAAAGCGGACGAAAUAGAUCCAGAGAAUGGAAAUGGAAUUGUUGGAGUUAGACAGCCGCUAUUUAUACGAAUGACACCAACGUAAUGACCAAAUAUGAUCAAAAUGGGACUGGGAGUGGUGGAAUAUUAGACUUUAAAAUGGUUAGCUGCUUUCAUUGACAAUCAGCUGAUUAUGCCCUACUAGCUGGACUGCUGGCUAGCGUUAGCUAGCUACCACUACCUCCCAGAGCUAGGUAGUAAGAAACCUAACUUGCUUGUCCUGCAAACGUCACUUUUAGUUUAAAAUUGAGUUGCCAUUUUCUGGGCAAUAACGGUAUUAAAUAAAUAAAUGGAUCGACGUUUAAAUGACUAAUUCGUGCUGAGAGGGCGGAGAAGAAAGGACCUCUUCCUCUUCAGGCCGUAGUUAGCUAGCCUUGGCUAGCUACAGUGGAUCCUGUAAACCACGGCGCUGGCCAUGCCGUCGAGUGUGCGGGCAGGGAGUCUGAAGGAUCCGGAGGUGGCUGAGCUCUUUUACAGGGAAGACCCGGAAAAGCUCUUCACAGACCUGCGCGAGAUAGGCCAUGGCAGCUUUGGAGCCGUGUACUUCGCUCACGACAUCCGCACCAAUGAGGUGGUGGCCAUCAAGAAGAUGUCCUACAGCGGCAAGCAAUCAAAUGAGAAGUGGCAGGACAUUAUCAAAGAGGUGAAGUUCUUGCAGAAGUUGCAACACCCCAACACUGUGGAGUACAGAGGCUGCUACCUGAGAGAGCACACAGCAUGGCUGGUGAUGGAGUAUUGUUUGGGUUCAGCAUCUGACCUGUUAGAAGUGCACAAGAAACCAUUGCAGGAAGUAGAGAUUGCAGCGAUUAUUCAUGGCGCACUGCAGGGCCUGGUGUACCUUCACUCCCACAACAUGAUUCACAGGGAUGUGAAAGCCGGAAAUAUUUUGCUGACUGAACCAGGCCAGGUCAAGCUGGGAGAUUUUGGCUCCGCCUCCAUUGUUGCCCCUGCCAACUCUUUUGUUGGCACGCCCUACUGGAUGGCUCCAGAGGUUAUCCUGGCCAUGGAUGAGGGCCAGUACGAUGGGAAAGUGGAUGUGUGGUCACUCGGCAUCACCUGUAUAGAGCUGGCGGAGAGGAAGCCUCCCUUGUUUAACAUGAAUGCUAUGAGUGCCUUAUACCACAUCGCCCAGAAUGAAAGCCCAGUCCUGCAGUCUAAUCACUGGUCAGAUUAUUUCCGAAAUUUUGUGGACUCCUGUCUGCAGAAGAUUGUCCAGGACAGACCUACCUCUGACGUACUGCUCAAGCAUCAUUUCCUUUGCCGGGAGCGUCCACUGACCGUUGUGAUGGAUCUAAUUGCACGCACGAAAGACGCAGUGCGAGAGCUGGACAACCUGCAGUACCGGAAGAUGAAGAAGAUCCUCUUCCAGGAAACGCACAAUGGCCCUGCUGCUGAGGGCGCUGAGGAAGAGGAGGUAGACGUGGAGCAGUAUAUGCUGCGCACAGGCACCGUGAACAGCAUGGAGAGCUCGCACUCGCUGCCCUCGAUGUCCAUCAGUGCCAGCUCCCAGAGCUCCUCCGUUAACAGCCUGGCCGACGGCUCGGACGACAGUGGCGAGAUGGCCAUGAUGCAGGAGGGCGAGCACACAGUCACCUCCAACAGCUCUGUACUGCACAAACCCUUGAGCCAUGAUAACAUCUAUGAUGACCCCUACCAGCCCGAGGUGGACUCCCAACCGCAGGGUCCUUCAGGCGGGGGCGGCGGGGGGCGACGCCGCCGCGGCCGAGACCACUUUGCCACCAUCCGCACAGCGUCUCUGGUGACGCGGCAGAUCCAGGAGCAUGAGCAGGGCUCAGCGCUGCGCGAGCAGAUGAGCGGCUACAAGCGCAUGCGGCGGCAGCACCAGAAGCAGCUGAUGGCCCUGGAGAACAAGCUGAAGGCGGAGAUGGAUGAACACCAGCUGCGGCUGGACAAGGAGCUGGAGACCCAGAGGAACAACUUCAGCAGUGAGGGUGACAAGCUCAGCAAGAAGCACCAGGCCAUCCUGGAGAAAGAGACUAAAGCUGCUUUGGCAGAAGAGAAGAAAUUCCAGCAGCACAUCCUGGCCCAGCAGAAGAAGGAGCUCACUACUCUGCUGGAAUCACAGAAACGCCAGUACAGACAGCGCAAAGAACAGCUCAAGGAGGAGCUGAAUGAGAACCAGUCCACACCCAAGCGGGAGAAGCAGGAAUGGCUGGUGCAGCAGAAGGAGUGUCUGCAGCAGAUCCAGGCGGAGGAGGAGGCAGGGCUCCUGCGCCGCCAGAGGCAGUACUACGAGCUGCAGUGCCGCCAGUACAAGAGGAAGAUGCUGCUGGCCCGACACAACCUGGAGCAGGACCUGCUCAGAGAGGCCAGGUUUGCCGAGUACAGAACCGUGAAGAAUUCAAGGGCGUCAUUUUUCUUCUCUGUACUAAAGGAGCUGAACAAGAAACAGACCCUGAAGGACCUGGAGUGUGCCAUGCUCCUGCGCCACCACGAGUCCACACAGGAGCUCGAGUUUCGGCAGCUGGGCCUGGUGCAGCGCACACGUGCUGACCUGAUCCGCACGCAGCACCAGAGCGAGCUCACCAACCAGAUGGAGUACAACAAGCGCCGGGAGCAGGAGCUCCGACAGAAACACGCUGUGGAGGUUCGCCAGCAGCCCAAGAGCCUGCGAGUGAGUGAGCACGAUGGCGCAGAGGGAACUGACAGAGACGGACCUGAUGGGAACGGGCAGGGGCUUGCUGACGUGAUGGAGGGACUUGCAGGUGAAAGGGCAGAAGAGGUGUUAGAUGGGAGAGGCAGGGAAGAUGAUCAGGUGGAUGGAGAGUGUGUGUGUGUAGGGGACACUGCUGAUGAAGAGAUGGGUGACCAUGUUGAUGGGAGUGCGAAAAGCAAGCCUGGGGCUGAAGGCUACACUGCUGAAAGCCUGGAGGAUGAAGGCAGCCAAGAACAGCAUUUAAAUGACCAGGACAGGCAGGAAGAGGCAGUGACAGCACUUCAAUACAGGAAAGCUGAAAGGGCAGAUGAUCAGUGUAAGAGCUGCUUCACAGUGGAGGCAGAGAGUCAGGAAUGGCAGGCAGGGAAGGAGACAAGAGAGGGGGAUGAAGGAGCAGGCAGCUGGAGACGAGGAGAACUGCACUGGGGCGAGGAAGACGAUGUUGGCAGUGAGUCAGAGACGGAGGAGGACGAUAGGGGCGUGGCUGAUGGCUGUCCGUCAGAGCUGAUCGCCGCCCCCUCUCGUGAGCACCAGCCUCGUGAGCGAGACGUAGAUGAGCUUUCUGAAUUCUACUUCCCGGAUACCUUAGAGGAUCUGGAGCCCCCUUUGAUCUGUCCACCCCCCUCCCCCUCCCCAGCUCAGCCUUCCCUGCCCUCUCUCUUCUCGCAUGCCAUCUGUCUUGUGCUCUCUCUCUCAGCAGCGGCACAGCCUUCCGUGCCUACCCUUCUCUUCCUGGUCGUCUUCCUCCUUUCCCUCCGCCGUUCUCCGCCGCUGCCCUCGCUCACGUCUGUUCUGCUGUCAGCCGAGCUGGCCUUCCUGGCACUCUUCUUCUCCUAUCUUUUCCUCCGCUCACUCCUCUCACUCUCUCUCUCUGCAUACCUGUCGCUCACACUCUGGGCUUCGGGCCUGUUCAGUCUGGGGCUGGCCCUGAGCCUGGGCCUUUACUACGUGCCUGUGGCCCUGGUCUCAGCAUUUUUCCUCAGCUCGCCCUCACUCUUCCUCUCCUUGUACCUUGCCGUGGUGCUGGUGGUGCGGCCCGCCCGGGUCUUUCUCCAUAACGCCCCGCGCAAGCUCCGCCGCCUCUGGGUGCGCCUGCUCUUCCGCCUGCCCCGGCCCCUGUUCACCCUGUGCCAGUCCCUCCUGGGUGGCCUGGCUGAACGCAGCUUCUAUGACAUGUUCCCCAAAGCCGGCCGCAACUGGGGCGGCCGACGCUCCAGGAUCCCUGUGCCAAUAAGGAGCCUCCCUGCCGAGUACCAGGCUAGGAGUAAGGGUGCCGCCCUGCUCACCCGCUAUCUGCUCUGGGCCAGACGUUUCGCCCGGCGCCCCCUAGGGGUCCUAGCAGAUCUGGCAAACUCGGUAGUGCUGCAUUUGGCUAGCCGGGUGCUUAAGAAGCUCCCUUCGGGCUACCUGAGUAAGCUGAGGGCUUUUGGGCUGCUGCGGGAAGAGAAGCCCAGCAGGCUGCCCAGACUCCUGCCGUGGACAGUCAGGGUACACAGGCAGAGGAUGAGGGAGAGGAGGGAGAGAGAGCGACAGAGGGGGACACAAAGGGAGAGGAUGUACAGGGAAGAUGGGAGGUGGGAGAUGGGGCUCAGGAGAACGCUGUCAGGCAGAAGCAUGAGGGGAAAGAUGGUGCCGUGGAGAUAGUUGGAAACCGGGGCAGAGUGAGGGUGAGUGAAAGAAUUCAAGUGGUUCCUAGAGUAUUUGUCUGUGUGAGUGCUAAACUUUGUACUGACCAUUCUGACUGUGUGUGAGACUUUUUUUUUUUUUUUUUGCCUGGUUCCUCAGGACCAUUCCCUUUAUCCAUCCCACUCCAAAAAUACACAAAGUAUUGCAUGCGCAAGCUGUGUCCCAUAAGUUCCAUUUGUGUGUGCAGGCUUUAAAAUCACAUCAUUGCUAAUUUUUUUUUCUAACUCAUGUAUUCACUGUGCAUCAUCCAGUGAAUAUAACGCAUUGGACAAGAUUGUGCUUUUUGUAAAAGUUUCACUGUCUUUACCAUUUUUUUUUUCUUAAUUACUAAGAGAUAUGUCUUAUGGUUAUUGUUUCAUGACCGUUUGUGCAAUUUUUUUUCCUCCAUUUUGUUUUGUGUGAUUGAGAAAUCUUAAGAGUCUUGGAGAAGUGGUUAACAUCAUAGGGCUAAUUUCAAAAGGGCAACCUGGGAUGGUUGCUAUAGACCUAAAACCAAAGUCGUGUCUGUUAAAAUGCACAGGUUGUUUGCAGUACCCACUGUGAAAAAUUGUUUUGUCCUGUGAUUUACACUAGCCCGCAAAACACUACAGAUGUUUUUGUACUGAAGUGCAAUUGAUAUCCACAGUGAA